AUGAUAAUUCAACAAAAUUCAAGUCCAUCAUUUAAAUGGAUAUGGAGAAUUGUUGGUUUUGUUUGGGCAUUUCUGACAGGUUGUUUCGCUAUUAUUAAUAUAUUUGUAUUUGUACAACCACAAUGGAUUGGUGAUACUUUAGCAAGUCCUCGGGCAGGUCAUUUUGGUUUAUAUUCUUAUUGUGUAAGUACAAUAAGUGAUUAUGAUUUUGAUUGUCAAGGAACAUGGACUAAUUUUGGAACAAUUCUUAAUGCACCAUUUGCUGUUGCUACAUUUUUUGUUGGAUUUUCAGCAUUACUUAUUCUCAUAUGUCUUGGAUUAUUUAUACUUUUCUUAUUUAUCAAUGCUCGAUUGGUUUAUUUUAUUUGUGCAUUAAUACAAAUUAUUUGUGCAAUUUGUUUACUUAUUGCUCUUAUUAUAUAUCCAUCCGGUUUUGAUAAUGAAAUAAUUCGAUCUGUAUGUGGAUCUAAUGUUAAUGAUUUUUAUAUAGAUACAUGUCAAGUUCGAUGGGCAUAUAUAUUAGCUAUAAUUGCAUUUUUUAAUAUAUUAAUACUUGCAAUUCUUGCAUUUUUACUUGGUAUGAAACAACCAAAUAUUGAAAUUGGAAAAGAAGCUAUCAAUCCAAAAUAUGUUGCGUCUAAAUAUGGUGAACUCAAUGAAGCAUUUGAAGAUCGAACAUAUUCUGAAAAACGACGUUGA